UUUUGAAAAAAAUGACUUUUUUAAAUUUUCAAAUUUCCCGCCGGUGCCUGUAUGUCCCGACGUCACAGGGCCCGAAACACAGAAGCCGGAUGCCGGCAUCAGCCGGAGAUGGCCGGGGACACUGCAGGGGGGACAUCGCAGCAGCGAAGGACAAGGUAAGCUCUGCAGUGAAUCCCUGAGCAACGCCGCAUGGUAAGCCCGAGUGUAGCUCGUGGUUACCGCUUUUGGUACAGAAACUUUACCCCGAGCUACACUCGGGAAUACCACCAGGGAGGAAAAGAAAAAAAAAAAAAAAAAAAAAAAAAAAAAGUCAAAAGCCAAAAACAGCCGCUGUAAAAACGUCCCGUGUGCGUGAGGACUUAUUGUCAAAGCUUAACUGAACAAGCUGAAGUGAAAAGCUGUUUGGCUGCCAU